ACGGGACGCCAAGCAAUGCGCAAUUGCUUGUAGGCAUAUCGAUUGUAGAAGAAUUUUGCCGCAGAAUAAUGCCUCCAAAGAAGAAGAAAGGGAAAAGUAAUAUCAAUAAGUCCAAGACCAAAAAUAAGAAAACUAAUGAGGGGGGAAGUGAAUUGGAGGAGAAGUACAGGCGAAGUGCAUUGGAUGUAACAGUUCUGAGGGACCAUCUUGCUCUGCGAGGGGAUGUGGCACAGCAGGCCCAGUCCAUCAGUCAUGACCUGAGAUCUCGUAUGCGGGACAUGGAGCAGGAGCUCCACCAUGAGAGACUGGACCGCAAAGAUGUCAAUGCAGAUCUCACCCGUCAGCAUAAGACCAUGCAAACAGACAUGACGGUCAAAGUGAAAAGGCUGGGGGGCGAGGCCAUUUUGCUGCGAGAACAGCUUGCUCAGUGUCAGGAGGAGUUGAGGGCAGAAAGGAAAGUGCAUGAGCAGUUGCAGCAGGAGAAGGAUACCACAAUAGCUGACUUACAAAACAAACUGGACGACAUGGAGACCAACUACGAGAAGAUUCUGCAUGACACUUUGGACAGUUUGACCUCCCAACUGGCUGAGGCUCGACUGCGGUGGGAGCAUGAGAGUACUGUUGUCCAUCAGGAAUACAAAGAGCUGCUCUCUGACUUUGGCUUGAACUCACUGGACAUCUGAAAGGCUCUUAUUAUGUAACCAGGGCCCGUAUUCGUAAAAUGUCUCAGGGUAAGAGUGCAGAUCUCGGAUCCAUGUCCCCCCCCCUUUCACCCCCCUGUCCAUGUACAUUUCAUUAUAAUCUUAAAGGCUAAAUGGAUCCUAGAUCAGCACUCCCACUCUGAUGAUCUUUAUGAAUACUGGCCCUGAUCACCACCACAUUGUGUCAUUGCUACGAUAAGACCAGGCACACCAGGGGCUCGUAUGUGUCAAGCAUCUCAGAGUUGGAGUGUUGAUCUAGGAUCCGUUUUCUAUUUGAGAUAAGAAUGAAUAACAUUACAUGGACAGUGAGGACCUGAUCUACAUCAGCACUCCUACUCUGUGACACUUGACACACAUUAUGGGAAAGUAAAUAGAUCGAUUCCAUGUGGAUUUGAAGUCAUUUGUAACGAGAAGGAAAACUUAAUGACAAUAAUGUAACAACCAGUGUUUGAUUCAUUUUGUUACUGUGUCUUUCAUGAUGUAUAAUACUUCUUAAAAUACUU